CUCUUAUUCCCACUUUCCUAUUAGCAGCCUGUUGCAGAGGCAAAGAUUCCUGAGAAGCGGGCCUCACCAUCCAAGCCAGCCUCGCCAUCCAAGCUGGUUUCUGCCCUGGCCGGUAGGCCUGGCUCCAAGAGCACCCAGACUGUUCCAAAAGCCACAGCAGCUGCCGCUCUUGCCUCAGUUGGGCCAAGCAGUAGGAGCCCCUCUACACCCCUGCCCAAGAGGCCCCCUGCAGUCAAGACUGAGGGGAAACCUGCAGACAUCAAGAAGAUGGCUACGAAGUCUGCACCAGCUGACGUGAGUCGCCCAAAGAGCACCUCCACCAGUUCCGUGAAGAAAAGUGCCGCCGUCCCUGGGUCAGCACCCCCAGCAGGGGUGACUCCCAGCCGCAUCAAGCCCACAGCCACGCCUCCCCGGCCCUCUGGGACUCCUUCUGUGGACAAGAAGCCCACGUCAGCCAAGCCCAGCUCCUCUGCCCCAAGGCUGGGCCGCGUGGCUACCAAUGCUUCUGCCCCUGAUCUGAAGAAUGUCCGUUCCAAGGUUGGCUCCACGGAAAACAUCAAGCAUCAGCCUGGAGGAGGCCGGGCCAAAGUAGAGAAAAAAACAGAGGCAGCUGCUCCAGCUCGAAAGCCUGAACCUAACGCAGUCACUAAAGCAGCCGGCCCAAUUGGCAGUGCACAGAAACCGCCUGCUGGGAAAGUCCAGAUAGUCUCCAAAAAAGUGAGCUACAGCCAUAUUCAGUCCAAGUGUGGUUCCAAGGACAAUAUUAAGCAUGUCCCUGGAGGUGGUAAUGUUCAGAUUCAGAACAAGAAGGUGGACAUCUCUAAGGUCUCCUCCAAGUGUGGGUCCAAGGCUAACAUUAAGCACAAGCCUGGUGGAGGAGAUGUCAAGAUCGAAAGUCAGAAGCUGAACUUCAAGGAGAAGGCCCAGGCGAAGGUGGGAUCCCUUGAUAACGUGGGCCACCUGCCUGCAGGAGGCGCCGUGAAGACUGAGGGCGGUGGCAGCGAGGCCCCUCCGUGUCCGGGCCCCCCAGCUGGGGAGGAGCCGGCCGUCCCUGAGGCAGCGCCCGAAGCUGGCGCCCCCACUUCAGCCAGUGGCCUCAGUGGCCACACCACCCUGGCAGGGGGUGGUGACCAAAGGGAGGCCCAGACCUUGGACAGCCAGAUCCAGGAGACAAAUUGAGACCUACAGGCUGACGUUCCGGGCAAACGCCAGGGCCCGCACCGACCACGGGGCCGACAUUGUCUCCCGCCCCCCUCCACUUCCCUGGCGGCCUCAGCUCAGGCACCUGGGCCCCUAGCUCCCUCUCCCGGGCUGCCCUCUAGGCCCCUCCCUCCCUCACUCCCUCCGCCUGCCUCACUUGCCCAGGGUGGCAGCAGCCCCGCCCCCGUGCUCCCUCCACUCCCGGCCCCAGACCCAGCUCCCUGCUUGGCUCCUCACCAUUGCGCCGCUGCUCCGCGGAGGAUGGGUGGAAAGUGGGGUGGGGGAGGCUAGUUCAGUACCUCCUGGGAUCUGGGUGGGGGGAGCCGGAGUCCAACCUCCUCUUUGUCUGGGUUUUUUGGACCAAACCCAAGAGAAACUGACAUACCCUCCCUCCUCGCUGGUCCAGCUGGAGGGAAGAGUGGAAGUGGAUAGCCACGUGACGGCUGGGUGCUGACUGCUUACCCUGGAGCCUGCUAGGCCACUGCCUCUUCCUUUGACCCCACAGUGGUGCCCGCCUCGCAGGUGGCGCCAGGCACCUCUUGCUGCCCUCCCCCAAGUUAGUCAGGGGCAAUGCUGCCUGUCCCCGCUGCUUCCCGUACCUACCUAGCUGCUGUCACACUUUAUCUUUUGUUUUUUGUUUUUUUUUUUUUAAAUAACCUGAAAACCGGUGGAGUAGUUUUGCAGGUUGAAGCCAUGUCUGAAUGAAAGUCGUUGGUAGGUGUUAAAGGAAACAGGGAGGGGAGAUCCUGAAGCCUCCAGCCGGGAGGUGAGGCAUUGGAGGCUGCCCUGGCUUGGGCAGCUCGGGGCCCCAGCCCCGGAGGUGGUGUGGACAGGGCAGGCGCAGUGGGGGGCUGUGGGCUAGAGGGCAGGCAGGGACCGCUAGGGGCUGGUCAGAGUGUGGACUGGUGGUUCUGGCAUUUUGUGUGUAUGCUGCUUUUCUUUUCUAACCAAGAGGCUGGUUUUGGCAUCUAUGUCCGUUUCAUUCCCUGGGAUCCGGUGGGAGACAAGGUUGGGCUGGAAAGGGCCAUGGAGGUCAAAUUCCUCCAAGCGUACAACCUAGGACACUCAAGCCCUCAGUUGCCAGGGAGCCCGAUGUGUUCAGAACUCAUGUGGAUAGUGGGGAAUCAAGUCUGGAAAUUUAAAAAUAAGUACAUGAGAUGGGCCAUCCAGGCUCCCUUAUGGCCUGACUGGAGAGUCUGGGAAGAGAGGAGAGGCAAGGCCAGCCUAAGGGGUGUGUCCUGGUUAGGCCUGGUCUUGGGGUGGCUGCAAUGAUAAGUCCCGGGAAUUGUAUUGACACGAAGAUUCUUAUUGCACUUGUAUUUUUUGUAUUAAAGUUUGCAUGGUUUCUAAUAAAGGAUUAAAACGUAA